UUCACAGAGACUAGUCGUCUAAACUGAUUGUGCUCCUGAAUAUUUUUCGAUUUUUUUUUGUUGGCAAAAAAGUUACAUUGUGUUUUUUCAAUUGUUACAACCAACACACAGCAAAGUUGAAUUUGGUUUUGGAUUUGUUUUGAUUUGAAUAUUGAUCAAUAGGAAAAUGGCCAAGGAGGUGGACCAAAACAAAGGCGACAACGCGAAGGACAAGGAGAACGAGCCGAGCAACGAGAUGCCCGGCACAUCGAAGCAGAGCAAGAGCUCCGAGCAGAUUGAGAAGAAGCUGCAGGAGAUCAAGGAACACAAGCCGCACUUCAACAACAUGUGCGGCUGCUUGGAGCAUCUACUGACUCCAGUGACGGCCAAGGCCAUGACCAAGAAGACCAAGAACACGGAGAUGAAUCCACAGAAUCCCGAUAAUCCGGCAGACCAGAUGGAGGACUGCGACAAUGCUGCUGCCAAGGAAGGCGAAGGUGCUGCUGCUGGUGGUCAGCAGGAGGAUACGGUGUAUGCUGAUACCGUGGCAUUCGAGAUGCAGCCGGAUGGCACUCACAAGGUGUACACCACACGCGACGUGGUGACCGAGGAGGAGCAGGUGGCGCCCAUGCGCGAGAUACUCGCCGACGAUGGCGAGCUCAUCAUCUUGACCGGCGACAAUGGGGAGGUGAUCUACCGUCCCAAUGACUCCGUUACCAUCGAGGUCGAGGAUAACCGUGUCUUCGUUGUCGGUGCCCAGGAGAAUGAUGUUACAUACAUCCAGGCCGAGGAGCAGGGGGCCCACGAGGCCCAGGAGAAUAUCGAGGGCGAGAACCUCAUCGAGUACUCGCCGGUUGAGGAGUAGGUGCAGGAGUGGGGCCAAACCAAAUAUGCCAAAUAUAUCAUUGUUUCCACUAGUUCAA